AGGAGGACGAUGAAAUGGACGUCGAGGAGGAGAAUCUUGAUGGCUUAAAGUUGGAUCACAUUCGGGACAUGCCUAUCUCUAUUUCUCCUGAGGAGAAUGUCGAAGUUUUGAAGUUAGAUCACAUUGGGGACGCAACUACAAAACAUGAUAUUUGUAUUAUUCCCGAGGGUUUAACUCCUUGCAAAUUAGCAUUGUCCAAUCCUCGGUAUCGAGUGGUUGCUACGGAGAAUGUUCACAACUUCAAAACUGGCACAGUGAUGCAUCUACUACCAAUACCAUCAGGAUAUGCACGAAUUGGUAUCAGCUAUUCUACGGAGAUGGACACUCCUUUGCCCGUGCCGCUUGAAGGAGAAGCUGUAACCAUCAGAGAAGCUAUAGGGGCCCUUAUUUUCUGGCCUAUAGAACUUAUUGUUCUAGAUACGGCGGUUAAAAUUAUUUCUACAUGUGUAUUAUUUAUGGUUUUUAACAUUGUUUAUGAACGACGAUUGUGUUACUUAUAG